AUGGAGGAGAAGGACUACAGCGAGACGGACGGGCUGUCUGACAAAACAACCCCCAGCAAGACCCAGAAGUCGCCCCAGAAAACCACCAAGAAAGUGAAGAGUGCCCUCUGCAGAGUGACCCUGCUCGAUGCCUCCGAGUACGAAUGCGAGGUGGAGAAGCACGCCCGAGGCCAGGUCCUCUUCGACAUGGUGUGCGAGCACCUCAACCUCCUGGAGAAGGACUACUUUGGCCUCACCUUCUGCGACUCAGACAGUCAGAAGAACUGGCUGGACCCCUCCAAGGAGAUCAAGAAGCAGAUCCGCAGUGGGCCCUGGAACUUUGCCUUCACCGUGAAGUUUUACCCUCCAGACCCUGCCCAGCUCACAGAGGACAUCACAAGAUACUACUUGUGCCUGCAGCUCCGUGCGGACAUCAUCACGGGGCGCCUGCCCUGCUCCUUCGUCACGCAUGCCCUGCUGGGUUCCUACGCUGUGCAGGCCGAGCUGGGCGACUAUGAUGCUGAGGAGCACGUGGGCAACUACGUCAGCGAGCUCCGCUUCGCCCCCAACCAGACGCGGGAGCUGGAGGAGCAUCACAAGCCCUACCGGGGAAUGACCCCCGGGGAAGCGGAGAUCCACUUUCUGGAGAACGCCAAGAAGCUCUCCAUGUACGGGGUGGACCUUCACCAUGCCAAGGACUCAGAGGGCAUCGACAUCAUGCUGGGUGUCUGCGCCAAUGGCCUCCUCAUCUACAGGGACCGGCUGAGGAUCAACCGCUUCGCCUGGCCCAAGAUCCUCAAAAUUUCCUAUAAGAGGAGCAACUUCUACAUCAAGAUCCGCCCGGGUGAGUACGAACAGUUUGAAAGCACCAUUGGCUUCAAGCUGCCCAACCACCGCUCUGCCAAGCGUCUCUGGAAGGUCUGCAUAGAGCAUCACACCUUCUUCAGGCUGGUGUCCCCAGAGCCACCCCCCAAAGGCUUCCUGGUGAUGGGCUCCAAGUUUCGCUACAGUGGGCGGACACAGGCGCAGACACGGCAGGCCAGCGCCCUCAUCGACCGCCCGGCUCCCUUCUUCGAGCGCUCCUCCAGCAAACGGUACACCAUGUCUCGCAGCCUUGACGGAGAGUUCUCGCGCCCAGCCUCCGUCAGCGAGAACCAUGACGCUGGGGCAGAGGGUGAGAAGCGGGAUGAGGACGGUGAGUUUGGCAGCAGGAGACGGUCCGAGACGGAGGAUGAGGAGGUGACCACCCCAACGAAAAUCAAGGAGCUGAAGCCGGAGCACGAAACAACCCCCAGGCACAAGCAGGAGUUUUUAGACAAGCCAGAAGAUGUUUUGCUAAAGCAUCAGGCCAGCAUCAAUGAGCUGAAACGGACCCUGAAGGAGCCCAACAGCAAGCUGGUUCACAGGGACCGGGACAGGAGGCUGCCUUCCUCACCAGCCUCUUCCUCACCCAAGCAUGAGGAUGAAACACCAAAGGGAACCCCAGAAAAGGCCAGCGAGAGAGCGGGCUUGAGGGAGGGUGCCGAGGAGAAAGCUAAGCCACCUCGGCACAGGGCUCCUGAGAGCGACACCGGUGACGAGGAGCAGGACCAGGAGAAGGACUCGGUCUUUCUGAAGGACAACCACCUGGCCAUCGAGCGCAAGUGCUCCAGCAUCACAGUCAGUUCAACCUCUAGCCUGGAAGCAGAGGUGGACUUCACAGUGAUUGGUGACUUCCACGGCACGGCCUUUGAGGACAUCUCCCGGAGCCUGCCUGAGCUGGACAAGGACAAGAGUGAAACGGAAGACGAAGGCCUGGUUUCCUUCCAGCACACUGACAAAGUAGUUCCCAGACUGGAAGAGGAUGUCAAAGGCGAGGAGAAGGUCUCCCAGCCCAGCCCAGAUGUCUCCCAGCUAGAGCCAUCAGCCCCGAAAAUGGAUGCUGUGACCGCCAGCCUGGGGCCAGGCGUGAAGAAGGCCGAAGCGGAUGGCUCCACUCCCCACCGGGUCGGCACCACGGACGCAGCCCAGGUGACAUGGUGGCUCCGUCCUCCUGGCAGCAGGGACGCCGCAGCCACUGCUCGCGCUGGCACUGCAGAGACAGCACUGGCAACCUCAGAUCACAGCACCAAGGCUGGGAAGGGGGCUGUUCCCAUGACAGACCUUCGCUCCCUCUCACCGAUCUCCAGCGGCUCUGCUGGGAAGGAAGUGCUCACCAGCAUAUUCAGUGCCACUGCGGAAACCCUCUCCACUUCCACCACUACCCACGUUACCAAGACUGUGAAAGGAGGGUUUUCAGAGACCCGAAUAGAGAAGCGCAUCAUCAUCACAGGAGACGAAGACGUGGACCAGGACCAG